CGCGUCAGUGUCUCCGGCUCCCUUCUGCUAGUCCCGGGCGCGUCUCUUAUCAAAGCCGCGCACCAGCUGCAUUGCAUCCUAUCAUGAACAUGGGGACUGUUUGCUUGCCGCGGUGGGACUUUUGUUUGCUGGUCGCCCUAUUCUCCACGGGCAGGCUUGCGGGGGGCAGCGGGGUCCCAGAUGUGGAUGAAUGUGCAGAGGGGACAGACGACUGCCACAUUGAUGCCAUUUGUCAGAACACACUGAAAGCCUACAAAUGUAUCUGUAAACCGGGUUACAAAGGCGAGGGGAAACAAUGUGAAGACAUUGAUGAGUGUGAAAAUGACUUCUACAAUGGGGGUUGUGUCCAUGAGUGUAUCAACAUCCCAGGAAACUACAGAUGUAUGUGCUACGAUGGAUUCAUGUUGGCUCAUGAUGGCCACAACUGUCUUGAUGUUGAUGAAUGUCUCAGUAACAAUGGAGGGUGUCAACAGAUUUGUGUGAAUACAAUGGGCAGCUAUGAAUGUCAAUGCAAAGAGGGGUUUUUCCUGAGUGAUAAUCAACACACCUGCAUCCACCGCUCCAUUGAGGGUAUGAACUGUAUGAACAAAGAUCACGGGUGUGCACAUAUCUGCCGGGAGACGCCCAAAGGUGGGGUUGCCUGUGAAUGUAGGCCUGGCUUUGAACUUGCCAAAAACCAGAAGGACUGCAAAUUAACCUGUAACUAUGGGAAUGGAGGCUGCCAACACACCUGUGAUGACACAGAUACUGGUCCUGUGUGUGGUUGUCAUCAGAAGUAUGCCCUGCACUCAGACGGUCGAACAUGCAUUGAGAAGGAUGAGGCUGCAAUUGAGAGUUCUGAGUACAAUGCCACGUCAGUAGCUGAUGUGGACAAGCGGGUGAAACGGCGGCUACUUAUGGAAACAUGUGCUGUCAAUAAUGGAGGUUGUGACCGUACUUGCAAGGAUACAGCGACAGGGGUACGUUGCAGUUGUCCAGUUGGAUUUACCUUGCAGCCUGAUGGAAAAACAUGCAAAGACAUUGAUGAGUGCUUGGUAAACAAUGGUGGCUGUGAUCACUUCUGCCGAAAUACUGUUGGCAGCUUUGAAUGCAGCUGUCAGAAAGGCUACAAACUACUAACAGAUGAACGAACCUGCCAAGAUAUAGAUGAGUGCUCAUUUGAAAGGACCUGUGAUCAUACCUGCAUCAACUACCCAGGAAGUUUUGAAUGUCUCUGUCACAAAGGCUACACGUUGUAUGGAAUGACACAUUGUGGAGAUGUUGAUGAAUGCAGCAUCAGCAAUGGUAGCUGUGACUAUGGGUGCAUUAACACAAUGGGAAGCUAUGAGUGCAUCUGUCCACUUGGAAAGAAACUACACUGGAAUAAAAAGGACUGUGUUGAGAUGGUGAAAUGCCUCACAAAUGCCAAGCCAGCUCCCCAGGCUCAGCUAGCCUGCAGUAAAUCAGGGGGAAUAGAAAGCUGCUUCUUGUCAUGCCCAUCCAACACACUCUUUGUUCCAGAUUCAGAGAAUAGUUAUACACUGAGUUGUGGAGUUCCAGUACAACAAGGCAAGGCCCAGCAAAAGCGCAAUGCAACACUGCCUACUUGUGCAGAUUCCUUAGCCCCACCAAUCAAGCAAAAAGCUCGCUUCAAAAUUAAAGAUGCAAAGUGCCAUUUACAGCCUCGCAGCAAAGAAAAAAAUAAAGGUUCUGGGAAGCAAACUCAUAUUGGAGGUCAAUUCCCUUGUACAGACAACUGUCAGGUGACCUUUGUGAAUCUGAAGUGUGAUUCCUCCAAGAAAAAACGCAGAGGCCGCAAGUCACCCUCCAAAGAAGUGUCUCAUAUCACUGCUGAGUUUGAAGUGGAGAUGAAAUCAGAGGAAGUCUCAGACACCUGUAACAUUGACUGUGUGCGGAAACGAAUGGAGCAGAACCUGCAAACUGCAAUCAAAACAUUGAGGAAAUCUAUUAACAAACAGCAAUUUUACGUUCAGUUUUCUGGGACAGAAUAUGAAGUGGCUCAGAAGCCAGCUAAGGCUACUGAAGGACAUGAAGCAUGCAAUACAGGUCAAGUGCUGCAGGAUGAAAAAUGUGUUACCUGCAACACGGGCGCCUAUUAUAGCGGAGAGCAUAAUCAGUGCAUUCCUUGCUCACCAGGAACAUACCAAGACACAGAAGGUCAACUUACCUGUGAACCUUGCCCAAGUAACGAUGGACAGGGCAUAACAGGCGCACGGAAUGUAUCAGAAUGUGGAGGACAGUGUUCUCCUGGAUACUACUCUUCAGAUGGCUUUAAGCCGUGCAGGGUAUGCCCUCUUGGUACAUAUCAGCCUGAAUCAGGAAGGACCCUCUGUUUUCCCUGUGGUGGUGGGCUAGCAACAAAGUACGAAGGUGGUGUUUCAUUUCAGGACUGUGAAACAAAAGUGCAUUGUUCUCCUGGCCAUUAUUACAACUCCACGACGCACAGAUGUAUCAGAUGUCCUGUUGGAACCUACCAACCUGACUUUGGUCAGAACUACUGCAUAACCUGCCCUGGGAAUACAAGUACAGAUUUUGAUGGCUCUACUAAUGUUACACACUGUAAAAACCAGCACUGUGGAGGGGAACUUGGAGAUUAUACAGGCUAUAUUGAAUCUCCAAACUACCCUGGAGAUUACCCAGCUAAUGUUGAAUGCACUUGGAAUAUAAACCCACCUCCCAAAAGGCGAAUACUCAUUGUAGUUCCAGAGAUAUUCCUUCCAAUAGAAGAUGAGUGUGGUGAUGUUUUAGUAAUGAGAAAAAGUGCCUCUUCUUCUUCAAUUACUACAUAUGAAACCUGUCAGACAUAUGAGAGACCAAUAGCAUUUACCUCCAGAUCACGAAAACUCUGGAUUCAGUUCAAAUCUAAUGAAGGAAACAGUGGCAAGGGAUUUCAAGUCCCCUAUGUGACUUAUGAUGAGGAUUACCAACAGCUGAUAGAAGACAUUGUUCGAGAUGGACGAUUAUAUGCAUCAGAAAAUCAUCAAGAAAUUUUAAAAGACAAGAAAUUGAUCAAAGCCCUCUUUGAUGUAUUGGCACAUCCUCAAAAUUAUUUCAAGUACACAGCACAAGAGUCAAAGGAGAUGUUCCCAAGAUCAUUUAUAAAGCUACUGCGAUCAAAAGUUUCCAGAUUUCUACGACCAUACAAAUAGUUUUCUAGUGAUUUUCAGUUUUGGAUUAUUUUGCAUUCCUGUCAAAUAUUGUAUUUUCUUCCACAGUAGAAACAUUUGCUAAUUUGAAGGCUCUUUUUUGCAGUCUUUAUUGUCAGUUGUAUGUUGAAGAAUGACUAUAAUGGUUUAUAAUUGUUAAAAACCAGUAUUCUGAAUGGGAUUUUUACUUCAAAGAAGAAUACUUGUGGAUCCUUGAGUGCAUCCAAUUGAAGAUCUAAAUUUGUGUCUGCACUAGUGUGUUUUCAUCUUUCAUGUGAAAAUAUCUGUUUUAGAAAAUAUUUUUUCUAAGGCUUUUAUUUUCUAGCAAAAUAGAUUUCUUCUAAGCAAAAAAGAAACCUAUUCAACCUGGUCAAAGAAACUACCUGCAAAUAAUUAUUGUUAUAGAAAGGAGUAUGUAGUAUAAAUUAUGUUUGGAUUUUGAAUUGCACUUGAACUUUAUAUUUGAAAUUUUAGAAGAAAGCAAAACAAUCUACAUUUUGUUAUUUCCCAUUUGUGUUUUUGUGGAAAUGAUGUUCUAGUAUAAACCAAAAAAGAAAAAGGAAAAAAAAAAGGAAAUGGAUGUAUAAUUUUGUUCUAUGGAUUACACAAGAUUGAAUCCCAUGUCUUAUUAUUUUAUCUGCCCUAUUUUAACCCUCUUUAAAGGUCUACCACUGUUCAGAACCUGCUGCUGCAGAUACAGUUUUGGAACUUUACAUGCCAUUUGGUCUCUUUGAAGACUUUUACAAUAGGAUGGAUGAGAAACAAAGAACAACAAAACUAGUAGUCCACUUUUUCUUUCCCUUGAUAGAGCAUCUAAUUAAGUACAAUAUAUAAAUAUAUACUUCUAUUUGUGGAUGCUUUAGUAAUAUUAUCGUUAGUUACUGUAAAUAUCACUCAUGCUUAAGUCUUUACUCCCAUGCACGGUAUUUACUUGUAUCUAUUUGUAUCUUCGCUUAGAUGAUUAGAUGACUUCUCCACUUGCUUGUAAAUUCUCUGAAUCCCAAACUAAAGCAUGUUGGAAUUUUCUGAUGCAUCAUUUUCACCUAGACAAUCUUUUAAGUCUAAAUUAUUCAGUGGAAGGUUCAGAUAUUUUAGUUAACAUGGAGUUCCUUAUUUUGCUUCCUACUUCCUGUAUCUCAUUCAGCAAGGGAUCCUGCUAUUGCUCCUUUUGCUGGCAGUCUUUAUAUCAAAGUCAGUGGGAUUUACUCAUAAAGAAUGGCACUGAUACAACUCCAGGAAGGAUUAAUUUUUUACAUCAGAUCUGCCAUCUUUAAAUAAGUUUGUAUCAUAUCUGCCAACUCUCUAAAAGAAAAAAAUAGAGCAAAUUUUUCUGAAAUUCAUUUGAAAUAUUUUCAAAUUCAUUAAUUAAAUAUCCACUAGGAGACAGAUCCUGUAUUGCUUGGAGACCAAAAACUUCCUGUUAAUGACAUGACAGCUUUACACCUACAAUACCCAUUUGUCUUGUAGGAGCGUAAGAAAUGCCAUACAAGAUUAGAUCACUGGUUCAUCCUGUCUCACAGAAUGACAGUUACCUAGUGCUUAGGCAGAAGGUGAAGGGCCUUGUAAUUUAGUUUUGUGCCAUAGUAGUCGAUUUCUGUGAGAGACUGCAUAUUUAUUUUUGUUAGCACCACAGCCAUUUCAUUCUUUAAGUCCUUCAGGAUUCCUUGGAAACAUGUCACUUGGGCCUGGUGACUUUGUAAUUUACCUACUUAUUUCACCAUCUUCCCUUUAAUCCCUCCUCUUUAUUACCUGAUAAAAGUAAGCAUCACUGCAGUGUUCUGUGCAGAGGCAAAUGCUAAGACGUCACUACAGCAACAUAGUAGCUAAAAAUAAGUCAUUACAGCAACAUAGUAGCUAAAAAUAACGGUAUGCUGCUGCACGGCACAGUAACAACUCUUACUGCACCAUCAUUGAUGGCUAAUGAUGGUGCAGUAACACCGGCACCGUAGAGACGUGUAGAUGCACCCAGUAACUUACAAAAUUGUGCCCAGUAUCAAUGGAAAACACUACAGGAAAAAUUAUCUCAUUUGCAACAGAGCAAAAGGUAAUUUUCCUUGCAGGUUAGGAAUGCCCUAGCCAUGCAGUAGCAUUCUGAGAGUAUGUCCACACUACCUCAGUACUGUCUCAGGGAGCACUGGAGUGACUGACGUCCUGCAUGCUACCUCCCAAGCCUGAAGCAACGCAACAACUUUAGUGUGAGAAACUGGCAGCUACUUGCUGGCACAGACAUACCGCUAUAGUUCUCAGUUACACUGGCAUGAAUCCAGAAUCAAUUUUUGUCUGUGUUAGGCAUCUGAGCUGGCUACAGCCAUUAUUAGCCAGGCAACAUUAUGGCUACAUCAGUGCAAAUUUCUUGUGGAGGUUAAACCAGUUUUCUCUCCCAGGAUCAUUUAUGGCUUCUAAUGUUAGUACAGGUUAAAUGAAGAGAUCUUUGUGUGUGGUGGCCUAAUCCUAGAUCCAUAAACGAGCUUUUUUAUUUUUCAACUUGCAAAUGUUUAUAUGUUAAAAGCUGCAGCUGUAGCACCUUUUUUUUUAAUUUUGUCCUCCUACUUUAUGUUCUGUAUUUAUUUGGUUUAGAAAGAUGGCAGUGAAUCAUCCCUAAAUGUUGUUGUUCUACAAAAUGACAAAUUGACUACCUGUUGUGGUCUAAUAGACUGCAACAAUUAGAAGUUGGUGGAUAAUAAUGCCCCAGAUCAUCUCUGUUUAUUAAUCUUUUGGGGUAGGAAUGUGUAUUUGAGCACAUCCAGUAGCAGGGCAUUAUGUUCAUUAGUCUAGAUCCUCAGGUUCAAUAUUGUCAUCAAUGGAAUUACAACAGUUUAUAUCACCUAAGGAUCUAGCUCAAUAAAACUAAAUUUUAAGCUUUUGAACUCUUCCCUUAUUUUAUUUUAUCUUCCCUUUGUUAUACACGAGUUGUUAGUACACAUACAAGAUCUGCGCUUCUAAAAUCACGUCUCUUCCUUUUAUUUUUCCAUGUAGUGAAGUAGAAGCAUUCUGUGGCAAUUAUUAUAUUGAAAAUGAAGCAAACCGUACAUCUUCCACAAAGCCUGUGGAACUUUAAAAUCUGAACCUGGUUCUGUAAUUACAGCUCAUCCCAAACUCUACAGAUCUGAACCUAAGACCUAUCUUUCAAUCUUCCAAACACUAGGAAGUAUAAAUUCAGACCUGGACUUCAUGCGUGGCACCUCUCUCCAGUAAUUAUGUUUCCUGGGAGUAUUAACACCGUCAGAAGAUAAUGUGCUUUGUAUUUAUUAGUUUUCUGUCAAACCACCUCCAAGUAAGCAAAAUCAUGACAGACAAGCAGUUCUCCAAAAGGAAACAGAAUGUGUAUUGGACAGCCAAAAGGCUAUGAUGCAUCCUUUCCUGAGUCCCUAACUACUGAAGUGGGUUAGUAGGAAGAAUUGCUGAAGUUUGUGUGUAAAUAUUCUGUUCUUCUACAGAAUCUCCAAAAUAGGGAGAGUUAUGCCACACAUUUUUAAUUAUUCAGUAAUUUAGUUUGUUUAUACCAAUUUUUGCAAUGAAUGAUAAUCCUCUCUCAUGAAUGGGACAAGCUAAUUAGAAAACAAUUAUAUUUGUGGAGGAUUCUAAAAUUUGAAAUUUAUACAAGAUAUAAACUAUUUAUAUGAGCUAAAAAGUACACAAAGGUAUUAUAUGUCUUAGAUUUAUUAUACAGAUUAAUACAAAAGAAAAGAUGAUACAGCUUAAUGCAAUGCUACAUUUAGCCUCUACAUUGAUUCUUCUUUUUCACAAGUUUUAAAUCUGUGCAGCUUCAUGGAUGUUAUUGGAUUUAUUCCUGGUUUUUACUCACAUAAGUGAGAAGAUCAUUGGAUACAGAGUUUUUUAAGCUUGAGUGAUUUUUUUUUUUUAGAUAAUUUCUAAAGAGCACAAUUAAUGUUUUCAGUCCCCAGCCAUAUAAACCAGAACUAAAAAGCAAAUAUUUGAUUGCCAUGUAAACAGGAGUUAUCCUAAAUUAAACUUAAAAGUAGAACAUCUCCCUUGUCACUGUGCCCAGCAGUGACAUUUAUAUGAUAAGAAUUUAUCAUAUUCAAUCAUCUUUUUAAAGAAACUAGAAUUAAGUAUUGUGGAAAAUAACCUUUAAAAUGAUUCGUAAGAGUGAAAGCAGCAAAGUGACUCAGAGUAGAUUUAGAACCACUAAAUAAACUGGUCUUGGAUUUUACUCUUGAAUGGGUUCUCUCUACCUUUAGUGCUCUUUAAAAACAGGUAUGUAGUGAAAGCCUUGAUGUCAGUAGCAAAGGACCAAUUUAUUUCAGUGGAAUCAAGAUUUCAUUCUUGCAUGUUAUGUGCCUGAGCAAAGGGUAGAGUUACUCCUAUUAGUGUGAUAUGUUUUUCUAACUGCAUCUUCUUUCACUAUUUACCAUUUGAUGGAAAUAUUAGUAAUUAGGGAAGUUUUAUGGGAUCUCAGUAGACUGAGAGUUUUGAGAUUUAUUUAGAUCAUUUUCUAGGGUGAGCGCCCUUGCAAGCACUUGAAACAAAAUAAAAGCUUUUGUCUCACAUCAGAGUUGGUUUUGAAAAAAAUAAAAUUAUUGUAAGGUAAUAUGACUAUUCCUCAAUGUCAGACUUGGAUUCUAAAGAUGUCUCAUUUUUUAUCAUCACAUUUUCCAUUUGAAUAGAAAUGUACAGGAAAAUUCACUGUUUACAGCAGAGUUGUUAUCUAAGUAUCUGAAUAUAUACAUUUCCAGUUAGAUACUUCAUUUAUUUAAUCUGGGGUGUUUUCAAUUAGGUGUUUAGCUAUAAAAUUAAUGUGUAAUAUACAACAAUAAAAAUGUACAGAGAUACCUUUAGAUGUAACAAUUUAAACCAUUCAUAUUCAGAAAGCUAAGAUAACACAUUUAAAUAUAUACAAACUAUUGCCAUUUUGGUUUCAGCUGAAUUUCUACCUGUGCAUAACACUGACUCUCCUUUUAAAGACAAUAACCAGCAGUAUCAUUCUGUGGAAUUUUAGCUCCAUUCAAUGCCUGGUAUUUCAAGUGGCACGACUGUAGAAAAGUAGUAACUUUAAUGUAACUCAUGUAUUGUUUUCAUUCAGUGACUGUACUUGUAUACUUUAGGGGGUAUACCCUGACAUAUGUUCUUGCAAAUAACACAACUGAAUUUCUGAUCACAAAAUAAUCUUCCAUAUUUAGGGGAACAACAAACAGCAUUGCUUAAUUAAACUUCUAUUUUAGUUAUUGUGAAAAUGUCUUAUGAUCUUUAGGGUUUGUUUUUCUUUCUUCAUUUUUUAUUAAAAUUAUUUUGUAAAUAUUGUUUUCUACAUUUAAUUCUUUGGAAAUAUUCCUACUUUGUAAUGGUUACUUAAAUGUGAAAAUGACAAAGUUGCUUUAAGGUACCAACUAUAUAUAGUCAGUCUCACAGACAACCUGUCCUGUUAUUUGUGCAGUUCCAGUCAGAUCAUAUCAAAGGUUUUCUGGGAACCUAACUGGCUAGCAAUCAGUUGUCAUUCUAAAUGUUUCCCAUUUUUGUAACAUAUAAAGAAACUGUAUUUUAAAAUUAGGACUAGAAUUAUUUCCCUAUUACAGUAAGGGCAAAAAGCAAAGAUCAGAAAUAAAAAAGGAUUCUUAAUAUCAUGCCCAAUCAGUAUUUUAUCCCUUUUUUCACUUAAAUAAGGAUCAGGAGUGGUACUACAGUAUAUUUGUGUAAUUCGGUUGCCAUGGAUAUAGCCAUUGGGCCUUGUUUCAAAAUCCUUGUCCAGGCAAAGCUGCCAUUGAGAUCAGUGAGAGCUUCACCUGAGUAAUAUCUGUUAUAAUCAUGUCAAUUAUUUCAUUAAGCAGGAAUUUCUGUUGGCUAGAUCUGGGGAAGAGAAAAAAAAGUGGAUGUAUAAUACUCAUUUAUGUAUGUUUAGCUGCUUAUAGAUAUCUGGGCAUGAGUAAAAAUUUGAACUAAACCCUUGUAGAUGCUGCUGGUGCUUCUAAGCUUUAUUACCUAUGUAAAUUAUGUACAAACAACUAUUUCCAUAUGAAAUGUACCAUUUUAGGUUAGAACAAAGAUAGUAAAUAACUGUACAAAGUUUGAUACUUAGAACAUAAAACAGUGGUUGGAGCUGUACCCACUUUUUAACAACACUGCCGGAUUCAGUAGUAGAAAAUGUUGUUGUGAAUAUACCUUAUAUAAACUACAUCUCCCUUUGCCUCUGUAUAGCAGUAGCUUUGUUUUCUAUGUCAAAACUCAAAAUGAAGCAUGUCAUAAAACUUUUGUUAAAAUCACUUUCAUAAUAAACAUAAAAUUAAAUUUAA